AUGGACAAUAAAUCUAUUGAAAAUUCCAAUGAUAAAACUUCAUCUAUAACAGUUACUAAAAAGCCAAAUAAAAUUCCAGUUGAAUGUAAAAUAUGUGGAGCUCCUGCUUAUUAUUCUUAUGUUGGUGUUGUCGUAUGUUUUCCUUGUAAAGUAUUCUUCAAACGUCAUGCUGAAGAAAAACAGGCACCUCCUAAAUGUAUUUUUAAUGGUAAUUGUGAAAUUAAUACUUUUAAUCGUCAUAUUUGUUCAUCAUGUCGACUUGCUAAAUGUUUUGCAAGUGGAAUGCAAGUUGAAAUGUUUCGAUCUUCGAGAACGGUAAAAAGUUACACGAAACGAAAAAAAACAGCCACUGAAAUAUCAACUGCUUUAGUAAAAUUCAAAAAUAUUGAUCAAACACAACAAUCAUUAAUUCAAAAUCAAUUACAAUCAAAUCUAUUACGAUUAAGUAUACAUGAUUGGAAUCUUUUAUCGAAAAUAACUUAUUGUUAUGAUGAAAAUAGUGGAUUUUCAUUAGCUAAAUGUUUUCUACAAGAACAUCAUAAUUUACAUCCUAAAAUGCGUUAUAAAUUAGGACGACUCAAUGAACUUUUUUUAUCAUUCAUUGGUCGAGCACAAUUAUUUUUUCAAAAUAAUUCUCAUUUUAAUUCUCUAUGUUCACAUGAUCGUUCUCUUUUACUUAAUAAUACAAUGAAAUAUGUUGGAGGUCUUGGUGCAUGUUUUAUAAUACGUCAAACUGGAUUAUUAAAUGAUUUAACAAUAUUUAAAUCUGCUGAAAUUAUUUAUAGUUCAGGUAUAUUAGCUAACACUAGUCGUGUAAUUAAUCAACUCAAUUUUGAUAGUACAUUUUUUAAAUUAUUACUUGCACUAAUUGUUUUUUCUACAUUUAAUUAUACAUAUUAUUUAAAUGUUGCUCCGAUUAAUUUAAUGGAUAUUAAAAAAGUCUUAUCUAUUCAAAAUAUGUAUGCUGAAUUAGCAUGGCGAUAUUUAAUCUACAAAUAUGAUGAUAAACAAGCUGUUGUAUUUUUUUCGAGUUUUAUUAGAUCUAUUUUUUCUUUACAUGAUGUUGUUGUUGAAGCAUUUCAAAUGAAACAUUGUAAAGAAAUGGUUAAAUCAGUUAUUGAACAAACUAAAAAGACAAUUGAACUAACAGAAUAA